UACUGGCAACACCUAGGCCACAGACAGCGCAACCAACUACGCAGAAAAUCAAUACACCGUGAUGUAUUCGCCUUUUUAAAAUGAGAACGUGACAAAACAUUAAUUUAAUUCAUCGAAGAAACCACUUUUAUUUAAAAAAAAUAUCUGUUGAGACUUGAUGCUCAUUUUUUAUUUAUUUACAAAGUGAUGAGUAUUCUCAUAGUUACGGCGUGGUAGAACUUUCUGCGCGUAGAUUAUCAGCUUUUCCUUCAAAUUAUAAACUGUUAAAGGUUCUUGUUGAGUAAGGUCAAGAAUAUAUUCAUUAUACACCAACAUAAUUGUAAGUUAAAAUGGAAGAAAUGAAUGGGGAUCUUUAUGGGGGUGGUUUAGUUAGUUUGGGAGAUGAGGGUUCUUUGGAGUCAACUGAUAAUGGAAAACAAGAGCAAAAUUGUAAGAUUUGCGACAAUAAGUUAUGCAGUCCUCGUGUUUUGUCUUGCCUUCAUGUAUUUUGUGAAGCUUGCAUUGACAAGUUGAUGGUUAAUGAAGCUGGCGAUUCUCUGAAAUUUGAUUUGGCUGUGGAAUGCCCAAUAUGCAAACAAGAAACCAAGAUACCUGGAGGUGGGGCUGCAUCCCUUCCUUCUGAUUAUGUGCUUACCAACAUUUUGGAUGUUUCUGCCAUGGAUCAAUCUGUUGUUUGCACUUGUUGCAAGAGCAAGGAACCUGCUGUUGCUAGAUGCACUGAUUGCUCUCAUUUUCUGUGUUCCAACUGCAAUUCAGCUCACGAAUUUAUGAGAUGCUUUGAAAACCACAGAGUAGUACCAUUUGAUGCUCUAAGGUCCUCUAAGGAGAAAGCUGCCGUGCAUAAGCCAAUUUUUUGCGCUCGUCAUGCUGGGGAGAGUCUAAAAUUUUAUUGUUGCGAGUGUGAGGUCGGAGCUUGCACUGAAUGUCUUACUGUUGAUCAUAAAGUCGGCGAACAUCGCUGUGAGAGAAUUGUCGAUGUCGAGCCGAACCUACGUGCUGAAUUGAGAAAUUUUAUUGUGGAAGCUAAUGCUCGCGCUGCUACAGCCGGCAGUGCUUCAGCUAAACUUGAUGAUGCACUUGGAGAUUUGCAACGCCAGCGAGAUGAAGCCGAGGGCGUAAUUAACGAAGCUUUUCAUGCUUAUAAAGCUGCAUUAGAGAGAUGCCGUGAAAAGGCUCUUGAAGAACUUGAGCGUUUGCAUAAAGAAAGAGAACUCAAGGUCAUGGAUCUCUUUGAUCGCGUCGAUAAAACUGUUCAGCGCAUAGACUGUGCUUGCAAAUUUGCGGCUAGAUUACUUCGCCGCGGUGAUGGCACUGAAAUUGUGAUGUUGAAGAAAACUGUUGCCUCGCAAUUUGCUCGUUUGUUGGAAGGAGCACCUGAAUUUGAUGUUGAUUACUCAUUGGAAUUUGUCACUAAAAUAGACAAGUUUGAUGCCAUAUCUGAAGAAACUUUCGGAACAUUCCGCACAGAGGCAACUAGGGCAGAAGAAAGAAAACGUGCCAGUGAAUCCUCUGCUAUCGUAUCGGUGACAUCGAAUUCUCACUCACCUGCUGUAUCCGUAACUAAUGCGCCUGUGUUUGAUGAUUAUCCUAUCGGAGGCGUCCGUCGAGUCACUGGGGUAACUGGAGUUGGUAGCAUGGUAGGUGUGUCAGGCGUGCCUGCUAUUGGAGUACCUGGUGUAGGAGCUGUCACUGGAGUAGGUGUUGCUAACACAAGUGUCAUAACUGGUGGAGUCAACAUUACUAGUGGCGUCGGAGGUGGCGUUCCUGCACUGCCAUCUAUGGUAGAAUAUAAUUUGCAACAGCUGGCUAGUAUUGCUGAGAAAGACGUGUCUCCUCCUCCUCACGCGUCUCCAGCUCCCACUUUUACUCUCGCUGAAUUACUUGCCGGUGACCUCAAUUCCCCUCAAGCUUACAACAACCUGCAAGCCCUCGCUAAAUUGGGGUUGAAUGAAGUGAAUGGCUUUGGAGGUGUUGGAGGAAUUGGCGAUGUGGGUCCUCGCGGUGUAUCUCCAGGAAGACCUUUGCUGACAGCUGCGGAAGAGGCUGCUCUGGUACCUCCCCCAGCUCCACUUGUGCGUGCCACUAAAGCUACACCCAUGCAUAUAAGAUUCAAGUUUGGUCAACUGGGAAGUGGCAAAGGCCAGUUCAACUCUCCUCAUGGGUUCUGCCUUGGGAACGACGAAGAUAUUAUUGUUGCCGAUACAAAUAAUCAUCGCAUCACGGUGUUUGAUAAAUCUGGAACCUACAAGUUUAACUUUGGCAUUGCCGGAAAAGAGGAAGGCCAGUUGUGGUACCCGCGCAAGGUAGCUGUCGUCCGAGCUACUGGCAAGUUCGUCGUCUGCGAUCGCGGCAAUGAAAGAUCUCGCAUGCAAAUAUUUACUAAAAACGGGCAUUUCUUGAAGAAAAUUGCUGUACGAUUCAUUGAUAUUGUUGCCGGAUUAGCAGUGACUGCCGAAGGUCUCAUUGUGGCAGUAGACAGUGUGACACCUACUGUAUUUAUAUUAUCUGAAGAAGGCGAGCUCAUUAGGUGGUUCGAUUGCAGCGAGUGUAUGAGGGAGCCAUCCGACAUUGCUAUAAGCGGCAAGGAGUUUUACGUCUGCGAUUUCAAAGGGCACUGCGUAGUUGUUUUCGACAUUAAAGGACAUUUCUUGCGUCGUAUUGGAUGUGAGAACGUCACAAACUUCCCGAACGGCAUUGACGUGUCUGAUGCGGGCGAUGUUCUCAUUGGUGAUUCCCAUGGCAACAAGUUCCACGUUGCAGUUUUCUCACGUGACGGUGUCCUCGUCACUGAAUUCGAGUGUCCCUACGUCAAGGUGUCUCGUUGCUGUGGAUUGAAGAUCACAUCUGAAGGAUAUAUUGUCACCCUGGCUAAAAAUAAUCACCAUGUUCUAGUCCUCAACACCCUUUAUAUUGUCUGAGGAGUAACUCGAUGGCUGUAAGUCUGCAUACUACAAGAUCUCACAUUUAUUCCCUAUAUUUUAUAUUAAUUGCUGUUUUUACAAAGCUUAACAUUUUUUGCUAAACCAGUAUUUGACUACUUAUUUCGUUAUUUUGUGUUAAAUUUCAUUUUAGUCUGAUAUUUACACUCUAUCCAUGAGCAGUGAACUAUAGUGAUCCUAUUUUCAGUAUGCUUCGUGAUUUUUUGUUUUAUUGCAUUCUAGAUUUAGACACUAUAUUUUUAUUCACUGCAAUGGAUAGACUUAAGUCAUUAUUAUUUCCAAAGUACUGAAUACUUGCGUAUUGUUUGGGUUUUUGUUCAUCUGUCAUUAUUUUAUAAUUGCAUUUAGUUCUAGUAAUGGAAAAUCCAAAGGUUAGUAUAUAAUAUUCAACUUCUAUUAUUUUCGUUAUAGUCCAAUAAUUAUAAAUUGUUAUAUUUGGUCAUGGAGGAUCGAAAAGUUUCGGAUUUAUUUAAUAUCUGGCUAUAUAUUACAAAUGAAGCGGGUAUAUACGGACAAUUAUUAUUUUUAUGUAUAAAAUAUAAGCUUCGAAUUGUUAUAGUCGACUCCACUCAGAUAAUUAUAUCCGGAACUGAAACUUACAUCCUGCCAAGGAAUAACCAUAACCAAAUCUAACUAAACAAUUCCCAUCGACAGGACUUUAUUUUAUUUUCUAAAUUUUAGCAGCUGGUAUGGUUCCUAGUUCGAGUGAAGUUUAAACAUGUCAAUUAGGGGACUGCGUGGGAGUGUCGCCUCAAAUAAAAUGUUGAUUUGUUCGAAUGUUAGAGCCCAAUAUACGUACGUUUUGUUUUUUAUACUAUUGAUUUCAUGAAUAUCGGUAAUUUUCAGGAUAAGAACAAAUUACAUAUAUAAACGCACAAUUGAGUUUAUAAAAGUAUAAAAAUUAGUCUCGUCAUGACCAAAGGAGGCGACACCAUAAUAACGUGCCAUCUAGUUUAGGUUAAUCUCGUAUACAAUAUUAUAUAUUGUCCGUUAAAAGUAUAUUUACCAUUUACAGAAUUCUUGUGUCUAUACAAAAUGUUUUUCGUGUACUCUUGUUUUGAGAGCCUAUUACAUAUUUGAAAGUUUUUCAUGAGUAGGCAUUACAGUAUACAUUGUUGAGAAUUGGUUUUUAUUAUAAGUAAUAUCUUGAUAAUGAAACAUUGUAAUGCAUGCUGUAUUAUUAGAGAACCGCUAUAAGUAACCAUUGCAAUAAUUUUUGUACAACACAUACAUGUAAUUGGAUAGUUAAAAUUUAAUGUAGAGGUCUGGCAUUUUCCUGUAUAUAGUGAGCCUUUAAAAUAGUAAUGCAAGCAUAUUUUAUUGGUGCACUUGAUAUUGUUGUUGAAAUAGUCACUCGUACAUACAUUUAUUGCAAUAACUAUUUACUAAUUCAAGUAUUAUGUUGUGGCUAGGUAAAGAAAGCAUGAUAGAAACAUUUAUUACUUGUUAUGUACAUGAAUUUGCCAUUAUAAAUGAUUCUACUUAUAUGUUUGAUGAGUAUACAGUUCGCCAAAUUAUAUAUUUUUAUAACUAUCCACAUUUAUAUUCAAAAUUGAGAAUUCAUAGUUUUAGAUAGUAGGUACAAAUGCGGUUUAUUGAAGCGAUACCAUAUUUAGAUAUUUACAUCAUAUAUUACGGUCCCUUGUUAGAAAUUUCCUAAAAAUAGUAUUUAGGAAGUGGGAAGACAAUUUAACGUCAUAUAAAAUCCCUAUUAUAUUAAUAAUGUGGUAUCAAAUUUGUAAUACAUAAGUAAUGGUCAGAUACAAUUUUACAUUAUACCAUAACUAAUUCCAGGGAUCCAUGGUCUUCCAAAUAUAUUUAGACUAUUUGAACGAAUUUUAUCAUACUUAAAGAAAGCAGUUGUUUUUGUUCUAUAUAAAUAGCCAAUUUAAAUAGCCAGUUGUGCAAUGAUUGUUGUCCUCUACUGGUACUGUAGUUAUGAUAGGAAAUAUGAAGUUUAUUGUGUCACCAUUAUUAAACAAAGUCUAUAACCGGAUGAAUUGUGUUGUACAUGACCAUUAUUUUGUUUUACAUAAUUAACUUUGGAAAUAGUACUUAACCAGACCACCUAAAAUUAAGUGUGAUAUUUUACCAAUAUUGUUAAUGUCAGUUUUUAAAUGCUCUCUAAUUUUUUGGUUUUAUUAGUUUACGUUUUAAAAUAUUUUAAUUCCUCAAUUUCCAGAAAGUCAUGCAUCUUAUCUCAUUGAAAAAACAAAAUAAUAAAAACACUUUCAUGUUACUAAAUUGUAAUUAAAGUUUUAAAUAUUAAUUAGUUGAUAGUCAGGCACUCUCUUCGUAUUGCUGAGCCAUAUAAUUUAAACUGAAAGUUAAAAUCAUAAUUGAAGAGUAACAUGUAUAAAUGUGUACUUAAUUAGAAAUAGGUAUUUAUUUUAUGUAUUUGUUGUGUAUUGGAACAGUUUUACAAUAUUCGAUACGCAAAAUUAGAUGUGAUAUGAGCAAUAAUAGAGAGACAUAAUGAACCAACAUUUUAAGACUUACUUGACUCAAUAUUUUGAAAGACACGAGCAAAGAUUGAGACGUGGGGCGAUGUAGCAACGUCAAUCUUCAGUGAUAAGUUGAAUUUUGACAUUUGAGUCUGAAUCCUCUAUUGAUUAGUGAGUAACUUUUGGGUUUAUUUUUCAUAUUGUUUUUAAGUUAUUUGUUUCAGGAUUUUUGUCCCAAUAGUAUUAGGGAAUUUUAUUUUCUUUAUUUUAACUAGUUUAAAAUGAGUCUACAUACCCCUCGCGGAAGAGCAGGUGUGAUUAAUACUCUGAUUUUGUCGUUUUAUUGUUUUGUUUAACUAUAUGUUCCGGGCCUAUAUUAUAUAAAUAGUAUUUUUGGCCAGUGUGUUUAGGCCUUUAGAUUUACGAAUUUUUACUGCCAAAUUAUUUUCUUACGAUAUUUGUGCAUGCACAUAGUAAUUAUUUUAUUGUAUAAUAUUUGUAAAAAAUAGUUAUUAGUUGUUGCCAAUUUUUUGUUUUAUUAAUAUUCAGGGUUUAAUAUUAUAAUGUUCAAUUUUAAUUCGUUGUCAUUGAUCAAAAUUAUUGUGUGUUAGUGAAGUAAAAUUAACCGAAAUAGAACUUAUUAUUGCCCCAAAGGGAGCGUUUGACGCUAAUAAUAAUAUUGCUUUAGGGUUGCAUAAAAUUAUUAAAAAGUGGUGUGAUAAGUUUUGGAUAAUUUUACAAAUUAUACUAUUUUAUGUGUGGAUUCCGAUAUUAAAAUUCGAAGUCGUAUUUCAUUAAAACAAUAUUAUUUUUAUCAGUGGUUAUUGUACUACUAUGUUUAUUUCAAAAGUAUUACCUGUCAACGACCCCUCGAUUAAUGUUAAUUUUGGUGAUAUUGACACUUUCCUCUUUUCUUGCCAUGUAUUUUAUGUAGGGAUCAGCGUAGAAAUGUUUAGUAGGUACUAGUAUUUUUCAAUUGAUAUACACACAUACAGUAUCACAAGUUUGCCUAUAUGGUGGUGUUGUUUAGAGAUGUUUAUUAGUGGUUGGCGCGGGCCGCGACGGUUAUUCGUCGCGUCUGCUUGGCUGUAUAAUUUGCCGUAGUGAGUAAGCACUAUGUCAUGGAUGAAUGGCAGUCAAAUGGUAUCUAUUGUCCAUUGACAUUACUUGAUAAUAAUUGUAUCAUUAGAGUACAUUACAGUAGCCUUUCUCGGGAAUCUUAAAAGUUACCUAUAUACACUUUAAAGCAAUUUUUGGUAAAGAUAUUUCUCUUGAAUCUAUAUUCCCUUAUGUAUCCAGCAAUAAAUUACUUCAGUAGUUGUGUAGUAUCACUUUAUAUGGCACUGAAAAUUGCAGAUUUCCUUGUAUUAUAUUAAGCUCUUUAUGUGGGACGCCACUCGUUGUUGAGACGAUUGUGUCAAGGACAUUUGCAUACUUGGUGCCAGGUAAUGUGAUAGUGUAGGGUUCGCAGCGCACAAGGUGAGCUCUAAUGUUACCCUCCCUAUUGGAGGUGGGCGUAUUGCCUAUUAGUGGCACCAAGCACAGCUCGACGGUCUGGGUGGAGUGUUGUGGCGUUACUAUUCAAUUUUGUUCAACUUUGAACCGUGGGUGGGAUUAAGAUUAUUUCUAUAUUAUACCUAAUUAUUUAAUUUCGAAAUGAUUCCAAUUACUAUUUGAAAGACGGCAUGCUCAAAAGAUAUAUUUUAUUUUUACCUUCACCCACUUAACCGAUAUAAUCUCCACUAUUCUAAAACAACAUAAAUAAUAAUAAGGUUGUGAGCUCUAUUCCCAUUGGAAUUUUAAGCCACAUGUGUGCUUGUGCAAUAAAUAUCACAGUUUGGAUCUAGGCUUUUAAAUUAUUAUAGAUUAUAUACAUUGUUGAGCUGAUUAUAAAAAUUUAAUAUAUUAUUAUACCUUUUAAUAUUGUUAAAGAAUUCUAAUUGCAUUCCACAUCUUAGAGUGAACGAAUUUGAGAUGACCGUUUUCAGUCUACAUUAUACAAAUUAUUUUUUUUUUACAAUUGUAGGAUUAUUAGCAGUUGCCAAUGUUUUCCUUUAGUCAGUAAAAGUACAAAUAUUUUAAUAUACAAUCUUGGUAUUUACGUAUUGUAGUGAUCUUAUUUUUUGAUUCUAUAACUAUAAGCAUAAUUUUUUUCUCUUAAGCGGCCAUUCAGAUAUUUCUUCGUCUCACAAAUUAUUCAGUAAACAACAAAACAUAUCAUACCGAAUCAAUUUAGUUUACAAAGAAAUUGUCUGCAACUCCCGUGAUUUUAUUCUCCUCAUUGGUUUAGAUGUUGUUAAAAUGGCUAUUUUAUUUGUUUUCAAGCUAGAUUUAAGUAUAUUCUAAGUUACACUGUCUUAUGUUCUUGUCAUUUUAUGUUGAAAUGUGAAAUUUAUUGUAAUAGUUAGUGUGAAAGGUGCAAGUUCCAAAUGCAUAUUUUAAUUUUGAUCCAAAGAUUUCAUUAAUUCCUUAUAUUUUAAUUAUUUUAUUCUCGUUAGCGGAAAUGACAUUUGUGGAGUAUGCAUUGGUAUUUGAUACUAGGAGUAACAUGAAUUAUUCUGUAGAGUUGGUGCAGCCGAGCAAAUCUCUACUAAUAUUCUCUUAAGAAUAUUUGCUCAAUAAUUUAAUUCUGUUAAAGUAUUUUAAACCUAGUUGUAGUCCACCGUGUGUUUAGUAUGGAUGUGGACUCCAUAACACGAAAUUAUAUCUAACAGACAAUACCCUCCGUAAACAUUUGAAAGAAAUUAAAUGUUGAAGUUUUAUUAGAUGUAGUUGUUUGCCUUCACGGCGGCUUGCAGCAAUGUGCAAGCUGCAAGGGGCGCCAGCAGCAUCAGCACAUAGGAUUGCCACCGGCUCUGAAACCAUUAUACUUUACUGCUCAUUUAUAUAAUAAUAGCACACGUACAGAAGCUUUGUCCGCAUAGGUCCAGUUUUAUCCGACAUAUCUUUCUCAAAUAUGUUACAUAGAAGGUUCGGCAGUUUAUAUAAUGUCUUCAGUAAACCUUGUGUGAUGGUGUUGACUGUUAUGUACUAUUUAGCCCCACAGUCAACGAAAAUUGUUAUAUAAUCCAUACAGGAGUCUCUGCUGCAUUGUGCCUAGAUCUUAGAAGUUAAUGGUAUCAAGGUAGAGUUAAUCUCAAAUAUUUUGGCUCUUUGAAUAUUCCAUGAUAUUAUUUUUGUUUUUCAUGAAAAUGUAUUUACAUUAUAUACAUACACCUAGAUUAUUGUAUACAAUAUGAAUAUACAUUGCGUGGUUUGUAACUUGAUGUUUAAUUAUUUUAUCGUAAAAUUAAGAUGCCCAACUGGUUCUCUGUCCACACCUACGAAGAUGUGGUGGAAUUGAGUGUAUUCGAUAUUUAAAUCUAUAUUAUUCAAUGUAACUGAAGAUAGAUGUUUACUGUGGACAGGAGUAGCGUUUAAUUGUUCAACUGGUUGCACAUCUUACUUUGACCAAAUUCUUUUACCGCUGAAGUGACUUGAGAAUUUGGAUGAUUGCCAUUUCGCACUUUCUUAAUUAUUUGUUCUUUUUCUUUUUUAACUUUUUUUGAUGGCGAAUGCAAAUUUUCAUGUGACGUUGGCGGUUUAUUAAUAAUUAUAAGUUUAUUAACGUGAACUGUGGCCAGGAUAACAACAGCAGAGCAGUGUAAUUCAGAGCCUGCCUAAAAUAUAUUUUUGUCAUGAUUUUAUUUAGGUAUAUACAUGUUAUUAUUCACAUAUUACAGUUUUCUCAAUAUUAGCUUGUAUUUUAAUUAAGAAAUAAUCAUAUUUAACAUUGCCAGGUGAUCAGCAACCUGCACUUUAAUAUUUUUGGAAACUAUUGAACUUAAAUUGUACUGACUUUAUAAAUAUAUUUACUUCAAUAAAGAUUUUCCAUGCCACUAAA